AUGGCGAGCCUCGCAGACGAGCUGCUGGCAGAGGUAGAGGAGGAUGUAGGUGUAGACGCUGGCACACACGUCUCUCAAAAUACGGAAGGAGUGCCUGUAUACCAUGAGACGGACAAUACGGCGCGUGACGUUGCAGACGACCCAAUGCACGAUGCUUCGAUGCUCCCUGCGCACGGUGCAUCGCGGCCGCCCGAUGCGCUUGAUCAGGCAACCCUGGACAGCAUGGAUUUCGGUGUAGAUGCCGUGGAUAGCGCACGGUCCGUAUCGAAGCUUUACGGACAUGAUACCCUUACCGAACUCGUACACACCGUAGAGGUGUCCAUGGCGCAACCGCCGCCAUCCGCAAUGGAGGCAUCGCCAGAAUACCCCUUGAUCGUGCGUGCAAACAACAUGGCGGUCGAGUUGGACAACGAGGUGCUUAUCCUGCACAGAUUCAUCCGCGAACGCUACGCGCCGCGAUUCCCAGAGCUCGAGACACUUGUGCUCAACCCCUGGGAAUUCAUCCAGGCUGUGCGUGCGCUUGGAAAUGACAAGGAACUGCGCGGCGCGAAUGUCGAAGGGAUUUUACCGCACGGAACGGUCGUGGUGAUCAGCAUGUCUGCCUCCAACACCACCGGCCGCCCGCUGCCUGUGCAGGAAUGGGAAAAGGUGCAAGAGGCGUCCGAGAUGGCGCUGUCACUUGAGGCUAUGCGCCGCAAAGUAUCCGAGUAUGUCGAGUCGCGCAUGACGCUCUUGGCGCCAAAUCUUUCCGCGCUUGUCGGUACGCGCGUCGCGACAAAACUGGUCGGGGUUGCGGGCGGCUUGGCGGGCCUUGCCAAGAUUCCCUCGUGCAAUGUCCACCUUAUUGGCGCGUCGAAAAAGCAGCACACGGGGCUCAAUACGAAUCACGGCGCCUCUACGCGGUUCUCUGGGUUCUUGGCACAGGCAGCGCAAGUCGAAAACACUCCGGAAGACUAUCGCAUGCAGGCUUUGCGCAUGCUCGCCGCAAAGGCCUCGCUCGCAGCGCGCAUGGACGCUAGCGGUGCUUCGCACGCGCGCACAGGUAGCUACGGCGCCUCCCUUCGCGCCGAGGUGGAGCGCAAGAUUGAAAAACUGCUCGAGCCCCCACCGGCGAAGCUGAUCAAAGCGCUCCCUGUGCCGAGCGAGGGCGGACGCAAACAGCGGCGCGGCGGUCGUCGCGCGCGCAAGUUUCGCGAGAUGCAUGGACUUACGGAGCUGCGCAAGAUGCAGAACCGCGUCGAGUUUGGGAAAGAAGAGGAGGAAGCCGGUGCCUUUGACGCGACGGUUGGCCUCGGCAUGAUCAAUACCAAAGCAAGUGGAAAAAUUCGCGCUACCACGGCGAAUGCGUCCUCCAAGGCAAGGAUGUCAAAGGCAAACAAGACGCGCCUGGCUGCGAUGAACCGCCCGUCCUUGUCGUUGCUUGGCCAGGGAACACCAUCCACGUCGGGGACUGCUUCGUCGCUCUCAUUUACCCCAGUACAAGGGAUCGAGCUGGUCGAUCCCUCACGCCAGAAAAAGGUUGAUGAAGCCAACGCAAAAUGGUUUAGCGAGGGGCAAUUCUCGCUCGUGCCGGGUACGACGGGCAGCGCCAUUCCCGGGCUCGGCACAAAAGACGCCAAGCCGAUGGCGCCUCCUGCACCUCGGCCUACAUAG